AUGUCGUGGCAAGCUUAUGUCGACUCCAGCCUCGUCGGUUCCGGUCAUGUGGACAAGGGCGCUAUCAUCAGCGCUGCCGGCGACAGUGCCUGGGCUACCACUUCCGGCUUCACGAUCAGCGCUGAGGAGAUGAAGAACCUCGCCGACAUCGCCAGGGGCGACUCGGCCGCUGUCGACAAGGCACACGCCGAGGGCAUCCACGUCGCCGGCGAGCGAUUUGUCGUCACCCGCAUUGACGACGGCAACGUCUACGCCCGACAGGGACGAACCGGCAUCGCCGUCUCCACGUCGAAGCAGGCCAUCCUGGUCGCACACCACGGCGAGACCCAACAGGCAGGAAACACCACACAGACCGUUGAGGCGCUGAAGGACUACCUCGUUGGCCAGGGCUACUAA